ACUCACUCAGUCACAACACAACAACAAACUCAUUUCGCUCCGUUCUCAAGUUCGCAGGCAAUCAAGCUUAUUAUAUUUUUUUUCAUUGGAUAACAAAUGACUGAAAUUUUCACGUACUUACCUUAUCUCUUCUUUGAUUUGCGUGAGAUGUCCAAAACAAAGAAAAAAUGCUGAUCCAACACACUGAAUUAACAACACUGUCCUUUUUUUCUGUAGCAACGCAUGCGCAGUGCAAGCUGCUUAACCGAGAGAGAAAGGACACUGUCAAGUGAAGAGAAAUAAGCUUGGUGUACAUGUUGAGGUGAGGGAAGAGAAAUGGAUCCUAACUACAGAGAGAGUUGUCGCGAGGGAUACUUCACUGGAGGAGAGCGAGAUGAUACAAGACAGCAUCAGAUGCCACACUUCACGCACCAGCUGCCCUAUCACUCGAACCUUGUCUCUUCGCUGCAGCAACAAGCAAUUGUCUUGGAGCAGUCGGAUGUUCAGAGGAACAGGGAAGAGUUCUCUGGUAGCCAUGCCAACCCUUCCAUGCUUAGAUCCAUAUACUCAGGUUCAGGGUCAGUACUACCAAGCCCUAACAUUCUCCUGCAAUCAACCAACCACUUCGCAUCAUCCAACAACCAGCAUCCUCAACACCCGCAACACCAGCAUCACCAACAGCAACUCAACCGCCUGCAACCAACAACUCGGCCCCACUUCAUUCCUCCCAGCACAACUCACCUAGCCGGCCCCAACCUUGCCGUUGAUGCGACCGUCGCACAGCAUAUCGACCCUGGUAUCGAGAGACCGGAGACUUCCCGAGACUCCCUCGAUGCUACCUUGAACGAACCCUUGGAGUUGUCCACUCCCAGACAACACCAGGACACCUCGUCAAAGACUCUCAUGAAAGACAAGGGUGUAGCCCCACCGAAGCCUCCCAACCCCAUCCUCCAACCGAAGCAUCUUAACCUCAUUCCUACGCCCCAACCCAAAAGCCUCUUGCCACCUCUCCGGAGAAGGGACAGGGUUCAACCCAGGUCGGGCGGUCAGCUUCCAGAGUUCCUCGCCUUCAAGUAUCUUCGUAACGAGAAGGAGAAUAUAGUUGGAGUUGUGGCCAAAGAUAAUGUUGAUGAAGACAUGGAGUUUGGACCGUACAAUGGCAAUUUCCUGGAUGAAGAGAUAGGGUCUACUAAAGAAUCAACGUGGGAGCUCUGCACUGGGGGAAAAGUCUUCCUCUACAUGGAUGGUAAGAAGAAGGACCAACUAAUCUGGAUGUCCUACGUUCAGAGCGCUCGUAACGAACAGGAACAGAACCUAGAAGCGUGCCAAUACUACGGACAGAUCUACUUCAGAACUACAAAGUGCAUUGAACCAGGAAGUGAACUUAGAGUGUUCUACAGUAAAGAGUAUUCAGAGUCCAUCGGGUUUAAGACCGCUCUCAAAGACUUAGAUUAUCACGAGGAAGAUGACUAUUUUCAGUGUAACUCCUGUGAGAGCCAAUUCCCGACAGCCAAACGAAUGUUCCGUCACAUGAAGUUUGAUCAUGAACAAGACUCUAGUGAUGACCUACGACCCGUGAUUACAUGGAAGGUCAAAUGUAAGACAGAAUGCACAAAGUCAGAGGAGUUACCUUCUUCAGGAUUUAAGGAUAUUGAGACGGAACCCGCGGAGGGAUCGUCACAGGUUUAUUCCCCAGGUCAGUUCAUCUGUACGAUCUGUGGCAAGAAGUUUCCUACGGAAGGCCGUCUUGAAGCUCAUUCCAUGUUUCAUGAAUUCAGUGAAGAGCACACGUGCAUCAUCUGCGGAGAGAAGCAACGCAACUCCAGGGCUCUCACCAAACAUAUGGCCAAGCACGAGACGGUCGUCCAUAAGUGCCGCAAGUGUGACAAGUCGUACAAGUGCAGAAACAGCUUGCUCCGUCACAACCGGGAGGCCCAUGUCCUGGGUCGGAAGCAGGAGAAGGGGAGUUUGAAAGACGAACAAACCCACAAGGAAUACAACAAAGAUGCAGAUACUGUAUGGAAGAAGAAGAAAUACAGGAAAACUCCAAAGACAGAACCCAAUCCUGGUUUGCCAGCCGAGGUUCCGGGAGAGACUAAGGUUACCAAUGACAGUAAUCCAGGUACAAAGGCUGCUCCAAGAAAGAGAGUUCCAAAGGCUAAACCAACUCCUGAAGAACCUAAAGAUAUGCUGGGAAAGACAGUAACAUACUACAAUAGACCUAGACCUUUCAAGUGUAGGCAUUGUCCACGGCGAUACAGGUCCAAGACCGCAGUCUUGGAGCAUGAGAGGGAAGUCCAUGAAAACAAAGGAACUUAUAAGUGUAACCUGUGCCCUCGUGUCUUCGUGAAAGAGAGCAAUUUCUUUCAACACUACCAGAGUCACGAGCAGAACCGUCUCUACCGCUGUUCACUCUGUCCGCGUGCCUUUGCAUCAGAUAGUGCCCUCGCCAACCAUCAAGGGGAACACACAGGCCUCAAACCGUUCAAAUGCGAGAUUUGCGGAAAGGGAUUCCGGAUCCGCAAGUGGGUGUGUGCUCAUAAACGCAGGAUGCAUCAGACGAGAGAGCUGCGCUUCUUCUGCUCCUUCUGCAACAAAGGCUUCACGGACAAAGGUCCGCUCCAGAAGCACGAGCUACGUCAUAAGGGUAUCCGACCGUUUGUCUGUAUGAUAUGUGGUAAGGGGUUUGGAGUGAAGUAUGUUCUUGAGGUCCACAUGCAGAGUGUACACGCCGAGGAGAAGAAGUAUGAAUGUGAAGUGUGCGGUAAGAAGUUUUCAUUGAACCAACACUACGUGACUCAUAUAUUUAAACAUAGAGCACAAGGAGAAGAUAUUCCUGGAUUAGCCUCAGCCCAGGAAGAGCAGGAGAAUUGAAUAGCUCCUCCUUUGAGUGGUAUUGUCAGAGAAAUUCAAAUGCAACUCUUUCUGCAACAUACCCCAGGGCUUCGUCUUAACAAAGAGUUGCGAGUUAUCUGGUCAAUCACAUCUAUGGAAAGGCAGCAACGUCAACAUCUAUUAUGAAUGUUCAAAAUAUUUUCUAACUCUGAUGUAUAUUCAUCAAUCAUUGUUUACUUGAAAAAUUCUGUGUGCUUCUCUUUGUUUAUGAAUAACAGUGCGCAAAUUCGAUGUUGGAAAUGUUAUGACAUUUGGAUUUCCAUAGAGUUGAGAUUGAUUGGAUCAAUCGUAACCCUUUGUAAUACGCGACCCAGGUUUGACAGAUCCUAGACAACCUUGCCAUUCAUACAUUCUAAUUAUUGUAAAUGAUAAUAAUCAAACUUCUAGUAUCUAGUGUAUGAUAUUUUUAGUCACAUCAAUUCAGCAUCUCUGUUUACAAAUGUGCAAAUCCAUGAUUUAUCCGUAAAUUCUAAUAUCUGUCAUUUGUUGCCCCCCCAAAGCAAUUUGUAUUUUUGAAUAGGUAGUGAGUGCUUCCUCGUUGUGUAUUGAUAUAAAUUGUAAAAAAUGCAAUUUUAAAAGUACAAGAAAUAUUUUUUUUACAUACUAUGUAUUUAUCUGUAUGGUAUACAGUUUGCAAUUUAACAAAUCAUGUUAAUUGAGAAUUUAACUAAUGCUUUGAGUAACCUCGUAAUGCGAAUUCAUUUAAACAACUCAUGGAGCUUGAACAAACAAAAAAAAUUGAUAAUAGAAAAUACAGAUUGAAAUCUUUUCAUGAAAUUGUUAUAAGACAAAAAUUUACUAUUUUAGCCACCCAAUUUGAAUUAGUUGAUGUAAUUUCCAGAACACCAUAGGGCUAAAUACAUUUGGUCCUCUAUUAUAUUUUGGUGUUUCUAUUAUGUAAUGAUCCAUUUGACCAUGUGUAUGGAUUCUGUAAAGCACAUCAGCACAAGCUGUUAGUUAUGAAAGGAUCUUUGUUAUAGCUACUGGUAUUAUCAAUGUUUACAAAUGUGAAUCAAAGAAAAUAAUGGGAGAGUUCCCCCCCCCCUUCCUCCUGUAUUGUCAUUUCAUUUUCUUCAAAAAGACGUUUUACUGUAUCAAAGUUUAUAGAUUGCUUUUCUUGCCACAUAUUUAGAUCCAAAUAUUUCAUGUGCCAAAUUUACAUGUAAAACUCACCUUUUUUUUUCACUGGCUAAAUCGAUAAUGCAAUAUAUUUCUUUUAUAGUCUCAUAUUGAAAAAGCAUUAUGUCCUUUUGUCAUUGUGUAGUUUUAAGAUGAAAAAUAUCCUUGCUACGAGCCCAUCUUGCUUGAAUUUGUUUAGGCAGAUUAAAUUAAUGAUUAAUAUUCCAUUUGUUUUUAAAUGAUUCUGAUAUCUGUUAAAUUGCAUUUUUUAAAUAUAUAUUUUUUAAUCUUACCCUAUUUUCAUUGGACUGCAGUAAUUGUGCAAAUGACGGCUCUAUUUAUUACAAGACAGUAUCCUGUAUUUAAUACUAAAAAGGUUCAUCUGAUUGGUGUGUAGACAUGAGAAAAAGUUCUGGAUUUUAAAAUCACAUACCUGUUUUUUUUCCGUCGGACAAAGGUCUGAUUAAGCUUGCAGCCUAGCAAGCAAAAGCUUGGGGGGGGGGGCAGUCAAAUAUAUUGCAGUACACACGCGUGACCAAUAAAACACGUUUAAAGGAGUGUUUUUUUCAGUUUUCAACGCGGGCCACGCGCGCACUUGUAAAGGGUAUCAAAAACACAGAUUUUCAAAAAAGGGUAAAACUGGUCAAUGGUCAGUCGCAGGGUCAAACGUAUUUAGGGUAUGUUUUUUUCCCCCCAAGCUUUUCCCCCGGGGUCAUAUUUUGGCGACAGCUUGUUUAGGGGCAAAAAUGUGUAAAUAAAGCCCGCGAAAAACUUGUUUAGGGGGUUAUUUUGCACACAGAGAAAAACUCGUUUAGGGGGUGUUUGGAAAUAAUUUGGCCACGCGUGUGUACAGAAAUUUAUUUGACUGGCCCCGCCGGGGCAAAAGCUUACCCAAAACGGGUAAAUCUUUGUGACUGUGUAAUAAAGAACCUUUUCUUAAGUGUCCUGUAAUGUGUAUUCAAAGCAAAUUUGAUUUUGCUAAUUAGAAGGAUUGUAAUAUCAUUGGUGCUGAUGCAUUUGCUUCAUCCUUGACCUUUUAAAUGUUAAUUUAAUGCUAAAUGCUAAUUUAAGAAAAUUACAAUGAAAUGUAUUCAUUCACUGAGUAGAUUGAUAUCAUUGAGCUUUUUAGAAGAUAUCAUUGUAAUGUGUUUUCAUAUUUAAGAUAGUCUCGUGAUCAGUCUAGAUGUACAUUUAUGUCCUCUUGAAUAAAAUUUCUACAUGUAUGU